AAAUUCGCACAGCUUGGAAAGAAGUUCUCACUACCGCCUAAGGCAAGAGAGUCACGAAAGACCUCUAAAUCAUGAACAACCUGCCGACGCGGAGGAGUUUGCUCGACUGGUGCGUAGCCUUCUACAGCCGUAAUUUCAGUGCCUGGGCCGCUUUUCGAGACUAUUUCGCAUUUGCCUUCCCUAUCUUCCUAUUUCCACAGAUAGGUAAAAUGUAACAAUACAGCAUGAGCCCACCGCACGAGCGACAGUAGGUACAUAUGUAAGACCAUGCGCAUUUAAGUCUAUGUGACUAUGCUAUGUGUUCUACUUCUCGCAAACGUCGACGCCUGUGCGAACGAACCUUUUGACCAGAUUAGGAGAGAACAUAGAAAAGUUUUACCGUGUUUACUCCAAGAUGGCAGCGAAACACGAGAAGGGUGAAGAUACAAGCUCUUCUGACGAAGAAGAAGCAGGCAAAGAAAUACCUCAGCCUGACGCAGAUUCCAUCGAAGAUCAACAAGGAGUGCGCUUGCUAAACAGUAAUAACAACACUUCAAGUUGCUUGGAAAAUUCCAAUCAAGACGACAAUUACCCUCCCCCAGGAUGGACUACAUCCGGAAGGAAGAUUCAACAAUGUACAGAUGACAUUCCUAUAGGGAUUGAAGAUGACGAUCCUUGUACGAUUGAUCUUUACGAAGAAGAAGAUUGCCGUGCAGCGCAGGAGAACAACGAUGUGGAUCAACUGACCGAAGAUAUCAACAUUUGCAUAUCUCUGCUGAUUAUUUUUUUAUAUUUAACAGCCCUCUAAUAUUCAAAUAAAGUAAUGCUUGUUCAUGGUCGUGUGUUAUUAAAAUUGAACCAAUACACUGUUGCAUCACCAAACCAGCGUUGUGUUUCCGUUGCCUUGACAAUGUGUUUCAGUCCAAUUGUAAAAGAAAGUCAUAUAUUGUUACAAUAGAGUUGAUUCAAGUCUGUCACUCAUACUCCAUGAACCCCGUUUUAUUGGUCCCUUUAGAUUUAAAACGUCUAUUGUGAAAUGUUUCAUGACAGUAAAAGUAACUGAAUCAAGAAAGCAUAGAGCUAUGUCAAAAGGCAUGAACUAAAGCACAGACGGUAGACGAUGGAUUAUGUGACGGGACAUGAUCACGAAAUUCAAAAUUGUC